AUGAGAAAAGAAUUAAAAUAUAUAAUAUGGGCUCAUGUAGCUUUGGUGGUUUAUCUUGUAUAUUUAUCAUUUGAUUUAAUAACUUUAUUACAUGAUGAUACAUUUGCUGAUGCAUUUUUAGAUUUUGAAUUAAAACCAUCAGAUAAUAAACAAUUAGAUAAACCAAUAAUAAUACCUAAAAUUAUUCAUCAAACUUAUAAAUCAGAAAAUAUACCUGAUAUAUGGAAAGCAGGACAAGAAGCUUGUAUAAAUUUACAUGAAGAUUAUCAAUAUAUUUUAUGGACUGAUGAAAUGGCAAGAGAAUUUAUAAGUGAAGAAUUUCCAUGGUUUUUAAAAACUUGGGAUAAUUAUAAUUAUAAUAUUCAAAGAGCUGAUGCUAUUAGAUAUUUUGCUUUAUAUCAUUAUGGUGGAGUUUAUAUUGAUUUAGAUGAUGGAUGUGAAAGAAAAUUAGAUCCCCUUUUGACAGUACCUGCAUUUGUACGUAAAACUAUUCCAACUGGUAUUUCAAAUGAUGUUAUGGGAGGUGUACCAAAUCAUCCAUUCUUUUUAAAAGCUAUAGAAUCAUUGGAAAAUUAUCAAAGAAAUUGGUUAGUACCUUAUAUUACUAUUAUGAUAUCAACAGGUCCAUUAUUUUUAUCAGUUAUAUGGAAACAAUAUAAAAGAUGGGGAGUACCAGAAGCAGGUAAAGUAAGAAUAUUAAUGCCAGAAAAUUAUAAAGGUUAUAAAAAUUCAUUUUUUGCAAUUGCACCUGGAUCAUCUUGGCAUAUGAGUGAUGCAACUUUUAUAAAAAGUUUAGCAAAUCAUUUAGUUUUGGCUGUAAUUGGUGGAUUUUGUAUUGCAAUGACCAUUUUAGCUAUUGAAUAUUUAUUUUAUUCAUUUAUAAUAUCAAAUUUUUUUAAAAAAUGUACUGGGAAAAUAGGAGGAUUUUUCAUGUGGAUUUUAACUGGAAUAUUAAGGUUUUUCAAUUUAGAUAAAUUUAUUGAUUCAUGGAAAUAUAAAUCAGUUGAUUCUGGUGAUAGUGAUGAAAAAUCAAAUGGAAAUAAGAAAAUUAAUUUACUUAAAUUUUUGAAAAAUUCAAAUAUUAAAAGAAGGUCAAGAAAAGAUUCAAAUAUUCCUAUAGAAAUUGAUUUAUUAAAUAAAUUAAGUAAUGAUGGAAUUAUAAUAACGGAUGAUGAUAAUAGUAAUAAAAUAGAGAAUUUAAUACUAAAGAAAGAUGAUCAAAAUCUUUCAUCUUCUUCAGAUGAAGAUGAAUAUUUAGAUAAUGACUUAGAAAAACAACCAAACGAUAAUGAUAAUAAUGAUAGUAAUGAUAAGGAAAGUGGGUAUAAAUAUAAUGAUAAUAUUGUAUAA